GGAGAACCGUCGAUGCGCGCGCAGCCUCCCGCCAGAUCGCCGUUGCCGCGACCAUGAGGGGCCUCUGGUGGUGGGGUGCGGCGGGCCUGGUGAUUCUCCUCCUUGGAGAAGCGGGUGGUAAAUUUGCGCCCUUGCCCACAAUCACCAACAGGACCUUUAUCAAGCAAUACCUCGACAUCCACAACAAGUUCCGCAGCGGAGUCAGCCCCUCUGCCUCCAACAUGCUCUACAUGACAUUUGAUCUAGCUUUAGCUAAAAUUGCUAGAGCAUGGGGAAAUAAAUGUGUUUGGAAACAUAAUCCUAUUCAAACCUACCAUCCUGAUCGUAAAUUUAAGCCAACUGGAGAAAAUAUGUGGCUGGGAAGUGCCACCAAAAAAUCAUUUAAUCCUGUGGGUCCAAUUACAGCAUUUUACAGUGAAGUAAAAUACUACACUCUUUCUACCCACACGUGCACCAAAGUAUGUGGACAUUAUACCCAGGUUGUUUGGGCUGCUUCAUACAAAGUUGGCUGUGCUAUUGUUUUCUGCCCUUACAUGGACAAAAAGAAAGCAAAUUUUAACUUUUUAGUGUGCAAUUAUGCUCCAGGGGGCAAUUAUAGAGGAGUACGCCCUUAUAAAGAGGGAAAACCAUGUAGCAACUGUCCAAAAGGAGACACUUGUAAAGACAAUCUCUGCAGAAAUUCUGAACGUGAGAAAGAAAACAACAAGCGUAUGUAUUACAAUUGCUUUUUAUAUUUUACAGUAUAUUUACUUUUAAAAGACGAUCAUUAUAUUCCUUUUUUUUUAAACCUAGGUUAUUCACGAUGGUAUCCACCAUUUGAAAGCCGGAUUAUAUGUGAUCCAUCUUGCAUUGCUGUUGCAGUUUUAAGGCCAUUGUUACUAUUUCUGGCAUUUGCAGUUGUUUAUUACUUACAAAUCCGUUAUCCAAACUUAAGUUUUUCAAAAUAAUCUUCAGUAUACUAUACUCACAGAACCUUCUCUGACUACUUUGGUUAAUUAUCAGACUACAUUUACAUGAACUGUUAACAUGAUUUUCCUGUUCUAUGUUUUAAAAGUAGAUUUGGUUCAAUUCACUGUUUAUGCAAUUUGGUCAAACAAAUUCUUAAUGCUUUUUAAUUCAGAUGAUACUAAUGGAAAACAAAAUAUAUUUAAUAUGUUCCAUGUUAUGUAAACAUGUAUAUUAAAACAAGUGAGUUGUGACUAAUACGUGCUAAUGUGAUAAAUUGCA